GCUGGAGGAAAGCGCACCCUGUUUGGAUCAAACUAACUCAUCCAUGGGCGAGUGUGCUCGCUGCCAUGUGGAUGGCUAUCGGAACAAUGAGGUUCGCAUGUACUUUUCAGGGUGCUGCGACUGUUGCCUUUGCAGCCGCUGUUUGCCGUGGGCCAAAGCCGGUGUGGCCUGCCCAGGGUGUGGCACUCGCAUCAGGGCAGAGGACUUCUCUUGCGAUUCUCGGGCCAGCCGAGAGGUGGACAGAGAAAUGAAGGUCCGGCGGCAGAUCAAGCAGGUCUACUGUAAGACGGAGCGAGACUUCGCCUCGUCGGAGAAGUGGGACGAGUACUUGAUGCUGCGGGAAGAUAUCAUCUACACAUUGGCAUAUUCCUCAUCGAAAGAAGAGGUGCAAGAAACCUGGCGCCAGGUUGAGCGGUACAAGGCUCAGCAUUCGCACGACAUCCGCCAAAGACAACAAGAGCUGCCCCGCAAGGCCCUUGAGAAGAUGGCCGCUGUCAUCACAGCGGAAGGUGACUUCUCAAGCCGGGUGAACGCUGAGUGGGCCACAGCUGCCCAGUUCCAACACCCGUUGCAGGAACAAUACGACAACCUCUUAAAAGAGUUGCCUGAGAGCCCCGUGCAAGGUGUUCAGACAUCUCCCGUGGCACCCCAGCCACUCUUGAGUGCUGGUGGUACUUCAAAUCAAGCAGUGCAGAGCGGUGGCGGGCAAGAGACAAGCAUAGGCUUGAAAAAAGCACGCUACUUCUUCCUUGCAGAUUUGGACAUGGUUGGCGGGCGCAAAAUGUGAGACAAACUUCAUCCACCUCGAUCUGUGGCUGAAGAAUUGUAGUGCGCAUUGCGUGUUAGACUUGAAUCUGCAGCUGCGCAGACAAGCAAAAAAUGCUGCGAUUGAUGGGUCACCGUUUUGGUUUGAUGGACAGCUAAAAACAUGAGAGAAUAUGUCUACGA